AGCUCCCGCGGUCCCGCCCCCCGCCCGCGGAGCCCGGCCGGGAUGGCGGCGGCGCGGGGCCGGGUGCUCUGUCUCUUCGACGUGGACGGGACCCUGACGCCGGCCCGGCAGAAAAUCGAGCCGGAGGUGGACGCGUUCCUGCGGGAGCUGCGGGAGAGGGUGCACAUCGGCGUGGUGGGAGGCUCCGACUAUGCCAAGAUAGCCGAGCAGCUGGGAGAAGGGGACGAAGUCAUUGAUAAGUUUGACUACGUCUUCGCAGAGAACGGCACAGUGCAAUACAAGAAUGGGCAGCUGGUCUCCAAGCAGGCCAUUCAGGACCACCUGGGGGAGGAGCUGCUGCAGGAUCUGAUCAACUUCUGUCUCAACUACAUGGCACUGCUGAAGCUGCCCAAGAAACGAGGGACCUUCAUCGAGUUUCGCAAUGGAAUGUUGAACAUCUCCCCCAUUGGUCGCAGCUGCACCCCAGAGGAGCGAAUCGAGUUCUCGGAGCUGGACAAGAAAGAGCGGAUACGGGAGAAGUUUGUGGCAGCCUUGCAGAGGGAAUUUGCUGGCAAAGGCCUGCGUUUCUCUCGAGGUGGCAUGAUCAGCUUUGAUGUCUUCCCAGAGGGCUGGGACAAGCGCUACUGCCUCAAUGUGCUCGACGACGAGAGAUUUGACACCAUCCACUUCUUUGGGAACGAGACAACCCCUCUGGACUGCAGAGAGAAGUUCCUCAGCUGGCAACCGCCACCUACGCAAGGCUCCACCAUCCUCCUCAGGCGAGAGACACUGGUGCUUCUAGGCCCAGGGCAGGGCUCCCACACUGCCACGGGCAGAGUCCCUGGUGGCCCUUGGCACUGCUGUCUGGCCCCAGGAGCAGGGAUACUGCAUGACCAGUGCUGCUGGGGUGCUGUCUCCUCCACCUGACUGCACCUCCUAACUACAACACAUCAGAUCUCUGAUGCAUUUGCAUGAGCACAGCAGUCUGCCCAGCAUCCAGAAAUCCCCAGCAAAUCCACAAAUUCCUCUUUCUACCCAGGAAAGAUUUCUGUGUGGGAGAAGAGGACCUGUUGGAGAAACUUGUAUGCAGGAUACCCUUUGCACAGGUCACAGGUUUUGGCCCUCCACUGCAGCCUUCAUGGUGGAAUUGUGUUUUGUGAUUCCUUCCUCUCUGUUUCACUGUGGAUCAGGUUAUGUGUGAGUCUUGGGGAGUUUAAUUUUUCCUGUAAGUCUAUUUAUAGCCAGCAGGACCUCUAGAGAGCUUAGUGAUGAGUGAAGAGCAGGGUCUGGCCCUAAUGGCAUGGGGCACCGUGGUGGCCUUGGGGGCUGAGGUGACUUGCACCUUUGAAGGGAAAGGCAUUUCAUGCCUGUCCCUGAGACCCCUUUGCCGUGAUGCUCCUCUCGUGGUGGGUGCCCACAGCAUAAGUGGAGGUUUCCCCCAUGGAUGUGAGCGAGCAGACGUGGCGGGCCCCAUGCCCGGGACUGCCUUGCUGUAUGGAUCCAUAUCAGUGUGAGAUGGGCAGUUCCUGUCUGGCUGAUGACAACUGUUAAAUGAGAAAUUUAUUUAAAUACACAGAUAUGUAUAUUAAAAAAAUUAAAAUCAAUCCUAUUAAAGCCACAACACGCAGCAGUUGGAGGCAGUGUGUGCUUUGUGCUGGGCUGUGCGGGGUGAAAGGCAGCCAGGCAACAGGCAGGACACGCUUCAAGGUCCCCACAGCAGUGAGGGACCAGCCCCACUCCUGGUCACUCUCGGUGAGCAGCAGCCUCCUGUCCCAGGCUCACAGUGUGGAGCAUCUCCAGCCCCCAUCAGGGACCUACUGUGGGUGAGUCCGUUUUGAUGUCUGGGUAAAUUCCUGGGUGCUCCAGGUCCUUUACUGGAGAGUCACUGUGACACAUGCACACAGGACAAAGAGCCAGGGUGGGCAGGGCUCAUGGGAAAGUCACUUUUAAUGGUUUAUUGCCAAUGUUACAAAGGUUGACACAUGGUCAGACAGGCGGGAACCACACCAGAGUUGUAAAAACACCAACAAGUCUAGGGUUUUAGUUUAUUUUUAAAAAAAAUAAAAUAAAAUCCAACAGUU